UGCAAUGGAGUCUGUUGAUUUUAUUUUAAGCUGGUUUGUUUCGUAUUCCAGUAUGUUUUUGAAAAUUAAUUGUUUGUUUUGCAUAAACGUCUUCUUUUUUUUUCUUUUUUUUACCCUUUCCGCCGUCCGACUCUGAGAAUACAUAAUUAAAUAUGAAAUUAGCGUGAUUACUUUUUAAUCCGACUGAGUUAAAUGCACAAUCUGCAUAAAGUGUAUAGCUUAAAUAUAGAUUGAUAUUUAAUGUAUGCUUUUUAAUAGGUCUAAUUACGGCAUAUACAUGUAGUUUUAAGUAUAGUCAAUUUUACAUCAAUGAUGUAUUGCAAAAAAAUAUUUUGAACCCACGUGUCCGGCACGUGAUAAAAAGUUAGAAACAUGUCAUGUAAUUCUUUAUUUUAAUCAUGCAGUUUUUCUUUUCACAUCUGUGACCUUUAUAAGUUUCCAUCACCUAUAAAACGUCACGGAUACCGUAAAUCUGGUUACCCCCCGCUAUCGUCUCAGAAUUAUCAACCAGUAGAGUUUACUCCCUCGUAUUUACUUAGCGGACGGUGUAUUGAUAUUGGGCUAUAUCGCUCUCUGUUGUAGUAAACUAUGACUUCCAAUGGCGAAAGUAUUGUCCCGGAGAAAGAUUUACACAGUUUUGUGGUUCGAAGUAUGGAAGCUGUCGGUACAAAUUCAGAACAUGCUAGCGUGUUGGCGGAUCUCAUUGUGGCGGCCGACACUAGAGGUCACUACAGCCACGGGCUCAAUAGAUUAGAUAUGUACGUAAACUCCAUUGAAACAAACACAACAUCCCAUGGCAAGGGAAUCGAACCACAGAUUCUAAAGGAGACGGUUGCCACCGCUUUGGUAGAAGGAAACAAUAUUCUCGGGCCUGCGGUCGGAAAGUUUGCCAUUGACGUAGCCAUACAAAAAGCCAAGACGGCGGGCAUUGGCCUUGUAACAGUAAAAGGUUCAAAUCACUUCGGAAUAGCGGGCUGGUAUGGUAUGAGAGCCAUGGAACAAGGAUUAAUCGGAAUGGCAUUUACAAAUACCUCUCCUUUGUUAGUACCUACCAGAGCGAAGAAAGUGACCCUGGGAACAAACCCUAUAUGUUUAGCGGCUCCCGCCAAGAACGAUGAUAACUUUGUACUAGACAUGGCAACAACAAGUGUGGCGCUAGGAAAGAUAGAACUACAGGAGAGGAAGGGAGAGUCAAUGCCAAAUGGUUGGGCUAUAGACAAAGAAGGGAAGGAAACUAACGAUCCUUCAGCUUAUGCUGGUCUUCUUCCGCUCGGAGGAUCUCAGGAAAGCAGUGGUUACAAGGGUUACGGCCUGGCCAUGAUGGUGGAGAUCCUGUGUGGCAUCCUUAGUGGCGCGAAAUUCGGACCAAAUAUCCGUACCUGGAAAGAUUUUGAAAAAGUUGCAAACUUGGGCCAGUGUUUUAUUGCAAUUGAUCCAAAUGCGUUUGCAGAGGGAUUUACCGACCGCAUGAGCGAAUUAAUGGACUUUUGUAGACAUCUUGAACCGGCAGAGAGUGAACAUCCGGUAAUGGUGGCCGGUGACCCCGAGAGAGUUCAUGUUGAUCUUUGUAAAAAGUUGGGAGGGAUACCAUAUCACCAAAAUCAAAUCACGUUCGCGUUUCCAACACUUCGCCCAAUGGCUACUGCUGACAAGUACAUUGUUCCUGAGGAAGAUGUUCAUAGUUUUAUAAUUCGUUGUCUGGAAGCCAUUGGAACAAAUUCUGAGCAUGCGAGAGCAUUAGCUGACGCCCUGACAUGCGCAGACACCCGGGGUAUCUACAGUCAUGGACUCAGCAGAAUUGGUUUAUACGUGAAGUGCCUACAGAAUAAAGCCAUAUCAGAUGGACAGGGUGUUGAACCAACCAUAGUAAAAGAAAACGUCUCCACAGCUCUUGUAGAUGGGAACAACAUUCUUGGACCAGCCAUUGGCAAGUUUGCAAUGAAGUUAGCAAUGGAGAAAGCAAAGAACUCUGGAAUUGGAUUGGUCAGCGUCAGAGGGUCUUCCCAUUUUGGGAUAGCUGGAUGGUAUGGACUUCAGGCAAUCCAGAAUGGAAUGAUAGGCAUGGCUUUCACGAACACAUAUCCAAUGUUGGUAUCUACUCGAUCAAAAGAGAUGGUUUUAGGAACGAAUCCCAUAUCACUCGGAGCUCCAGCGAACAAUGGUGAUAAUUUUGUAUUAGACAUGGCAACAACAGCUACUGCACUGGGAAAGGUUGAAUUAAAAGGGAAACAGGGGCAGCAAUUACCAGGUGGUUGGGCCAUCGACAAGGACGGAAAGGAAACGAGAGACCCCAAAGCCUUCCAGGGUCUACUGCCCCUGGGUGGUUCCGAGGAGAGCGGUGGUUAUAAAGGUUACGGCCUGUCGAUGAUGGUGGAGGUAUUGUGCGGAAUACUAAGUGGUUCGGCAUUUGGUCUUAACACUGGGAACUGGAAAAAGGGUGAAGGAGCUGUCAAUUAUGGGCAGUGUUUUAUUGCAAUAGACCCGAGCAGCUUUGCUGACGGAUUCACAGACAGAAUGACAGAGUUAAUUGACCAAUGCAGGGGCAUUGAAUCUAUGGACCCUGAUUCUCCAGUGUUGAUCCCCGGAGACCCAGAGAGACGAAACUCUAAACACUGCAAGAAACUUGGUGGAGUUCCAUACACACCUGAGACCUUCACUAACGCGAAUGAUAUUGCCAAACGACUAGGAGUUGAGCCAUUAAAAGCAAAGACCGGUUAAUGAAUUAGGAUAGCUCAGUGUUGUUUUGUAACUUAAUUAUAAUUACAAAUUACAUUUUGUAAAACCA